AUGGGCCUGGCCAGGGCCCUGCGCCGCCUGAGCGGCGCGCUGGAGUCGGGGGACAGCCGAGCGGGCGAUGAGGAGGCCGGGACGGGACUGUGCCGCAAUGGCUGGGCACCUGGGCCGGUGGCCGGGACCCGUCGCCGGGGACGCUUCGUCAAGAAGGAUGGCCACUGCAACGUGCGCUUCGUGAACCUGGGCGGCCAGGGCGCGCGCUACCUGAGCGACCUGUUCACCACGUGUGUGGACGUGCGCUGGCGCUGGAUGUGCCUGCUCUUCUCCUGCUCCUUCCUCGCCUCCUGGCUGCUCUUCGGCCUGGCCUUCUGGCUCAUCGCCUCGCUGCACGGCGACCUGGCCGCCCCGCCGCCGCCCGCGCCCUGCUUCUCGCAGGUGGCCAGCUUCCUGGCCGCCUUCCUCUUCGCGCUGGAGACGCAGACGUCCAUCGGCUACGGGGUGCGCAGCGUCACCGAGGAGUGCCCGGCCGCCGUGGCCGCCGUGGUGCUGCAGUGCAUCGCCGGCUGCGUGCUCGACGCCUUCGUGGUGGGCGCAGUCAUGGCCAAGAUGGCCAAGCCCAAGAAACGCAACGAGACCUUGGUCUUCAGCGAGAACGCCGUCGUGGCACUGCGUGACCGGCGCCUCUGCCUCAUGUGGCGGGUGGGCAACCUGCGCCGCAGCCACCUGGUGGAGGCUCACGUGCGGGCCCAGCUGCUGCAGCCUCGUGUGACCCCUGAGGGCGAGUACAUCCCACUGGACCACCAGGAUGUAGACGUGGGCUUCGACGGAGGCACUGACCGCAUCUUCCUUGUGUCCCCCAUCACAAUUGUGCACGAGAUCGACUCUUCCAGUCCCUUGUAUGAGCUGGGGCGGGCUGAGCUGGCCCGGGCUGACUUUGAGCUGGUAGUCAUUCUCGAGGGCAUGGUUGAGGCCACAGCUAUGACCACACAGUGCCGCUCAUCCUACCUCCCAGGUGAGUUACUGUGGGGCCAUCGUUUUGAGCCAGUCCUCUUCCAGCGUGGCUCCCAGUAUGAGGUAGACUAUCGCCACUUUCAUCGCACAUAUGAGGUCCCCGGGACGCCCGUCUGCAGCGCCAAGGAGCUGGACGAACGGGCAGAGCAGGCCUCCCACAGCCCCAAAUCGAGCUUCCCUGGCUCCCUGGCUGCAUUUUGUUAUGAGAAUGAACUUGCUCUGAGCUGCUGUCAGGAGGACGAGGAGGAAGAAGACACCAAGGAGGGGACCUCAGCAGAGACCACAGAGGGAGCUGCUAGCCCCCGAGUUCUGACACCAACCCUGGAGCUGACCCUGCCCCCAUGAUGCAGCUGAUGUCCCUUCCCCAUGUGGGUCCCCUUCCCAGAGGUGAUGGAUGACUAGAGGGAUCUGGCCUCUGCUGGGAGGGGUCAGGCAUUUACCAGGACCAAUGGCCUGCUGGGCAAACACUAGCUGGUGAUGAUGUCAUGCCUACUGAACCUUCAUUUCUCUGCUUCCUGCUCCCUCCUGAGACCCCUU